AAUAAAAUUAAGCCAACACAUCAACAUACAAAUUAAACUUUGUCUUUUCUAUAAUUCUAUCUAACAGAAGAAAAACAACAUGCAUCUCCCCGUAAUAAAAGUACUUGUCUUUCUAGCGGUGUGUUUUUCUCAUGAUCAUGUCAUAAAAUCUCAAUCAACCGAUUUCAAUACCUCAGUGAUACCGAUAUUGAAGGAUGCCACAACAUCUCUUCCCAAGAUUUCUUGGUCAUUUCGGUUUCCACAAUGGGAUGGCAGUCUGUUUUACCUCAUUGACCUUGAUGCUCCUUUCACUUGGAAAAACUGCGUUAUUCGUCACAUUCCGGUUGUUUGUGGCUUAGAAGAAGGAUGCAGAUUUCCUUUACCAUGUGACAACAUUUUGUGCAAAGAAGCACAAUCUUAUCUAAAUCCUACAUGCCCUUCUACUAAGAAUAUCACAUCCAAAUAUAGUUGCCGAAUUUGUGCAGCCACUCCUUUCAAUCCCAUCUCAAAAACUUGCAAAAUAUCACAACUAACCACUGAUUUGGUCACAAUAUACACAACCAAUGGCCGAAAUCCUAGUGAGUUUCCAAGAUAUCCAUUUGGGACCGAGUUUGUGUUGUCAUGUGCACCCAACUCAUUGUUAAAGUCUUUUCCUCAAAAUGUUAGUGGAAUUGCAUCCUUUUCAUGGUCUUCGUUGGGUUUUCCGCGUCAAGUUUAUAAUCGCAACCAAGCUGCUAAAUUCGCACUUUGUCUGCCCGGCUCCUCAUCAUCCACAGGGGUUACAUUUUUAGGCGACGGGCCUUUCCAUUUUACAUCUUUGCCAAAUGUGGAUCUUAGAAGCAUUCUUUCUUAUACUCCUAUGAUUAGAAAGAAUUCUAAGUCCCUUGGAUAUUAUAUCAAAGUAAACCGAAUCUUAAUCAAAGGGACAUCAAUUAUCACAAAAAGUAUUUCAGUGAAGCUUAGUACGGUUGUGCCUUAUACCAUACUUAGAAGUGAUAUUUAUAAGUCUCUUACUUCUAGUUUUUCAAAGGCUGUUAAAAACAUUCCUAGUGUUACUGCUGUUAAACCUUUUAGUCUAUGUCUAAAAGCUUCCGCGGUUGGAUCUGUUCCGAGUAUUGAUUUUGAAACAGAAAGUGGCAAGAUAUGGACAAUAUCGAAAGACAACUUGAUGAAGAAUUCUGGGAAUGGCGCAUCAUGUCUUGCAUUUGUCGAUGGUGGUUCUAGUGUCAAAGAUGCAGUCGUUAUUGGGACGUUUCAGAUGGAAAAUAAUUUCUUGUUUUUCGAUUUGGUGAAUCAGAAGUUGGGGUUCAGCUCUUCACUCAUACCUCGAGGAACCUCCUGCAGUGGCUUCAACUUCACUGUAACACCUUAAAGGACAUAUAUGAUUCAUCAUGUUAUUCAUGAGCUAUACAUUUGCUAUUUGUAGCAUUAUGUAAGUCUCGUAUGGAUGACCAUCAAAAUAAAAAGAUAUUUCGUAGAUUGGGUAUUUUCUCUUAGAAGUUAAAAUGAUAGUGUGUUGUACGAACUUAUAACAACUUGGUUUCUGGAAUAAAAAACAUAUCAUUCGGAUA